AUGCUGCAAUCAAUACGCGGACGAGGACGAGGACGUAUGUGUCCUACUCGAGAUCCCUCAAUCUUAGACGGCUCGACGUGCACCCGUUCCGGUAGCUCAACAGCAACAUCCCUUAUUACGCUUCAUGGCACGAAUGAAUCGGAUUCCGGUAUUUCCACAGCUUCAGGUAAUGAGUCGCCAGCAUCAAUAUUUCGAGCUACUCUCUCGCGUGGCCGAGGACGCGGAGGAGAUCCAAAACGAAUUAAUCCACCACCGGACCCCCUCUGGACUGUUACCGAUCUCACUCAACGACAAUUCAGCACCAACGAUCGACCGAUCAAACCCGAUCAACUCGGCACUCUCGGACAACAAAUCGACAUGGCUACCAACUACUUUCCCGUCCUCCACUUUCCACAAAAAGGUCUCGUCUACAAAUAUCACAUUCUCAUUCGAAACAGGAAAAAUCUCGAUAUUCACAGAGAUCGACGACGCAUCUUCUAUCACUCUUGGCUUCUGGCAUUCUGUCGACAGAAUCCACAAGUGANGUAG